UGCGUUCGUGAAGACUGAGAGUCAGUUGCAAGUGACUAGUCAGUGUGUUUGGUUGACCUUCCCUUACUGGCGAGGAGUGCGAGAGAAAAACCCAAGAUAAAAAGAGUCGAGAAGCGAUUAUUUUACUUGAAUUCCAAUUUGAAGCUCACAGGGGAGAGAAGUUUUUACUGUGCGCGCGCGGAGAAAAUAUCCCUAACGGAAGAUAGGAAGAAAAAUAUAUAGUCCUGAUAAAAGAGGAAAGAAAAAAGUUGUGAACUUUCUUAACAAAAAGAAGUAAAAAAAAAAUUGUAGUGAAAACACUUUUAUAUACCAUACAUAUAUAAGUCCGACGCUGCGAAGAGACAGAAGGCAAAAAGACUUUUGUGAGAGAAGACUUCCUGCGACACAGGAUCAACCACCCACAAAAGCGCAGAGCAAAUCUAGAAGAAUCUUGUGUGUGUGACACGCCGCUUCUGAGUUAGAUUUAAAUCCCGGACACACCUCUAAUAUAUAUUAAGAACAAGAAAUGGCUGACCAAUUAACGGAAGAACAAAUUGCCGAAUUCAAAGAGGCUUUCUCCCUGUUUGACAAAGACGGCGAUGGCACGAUCACCACGAAAGAAUUGGGAACUGUGAUGCGUUCGCUAGGACAAAAUCCAACAGAAGCUGAAUUGCAGGACAUGAUAAACGAAGUGGAUGCCGAUGGUAAUGGCACAAUUGACUUUCCCGAGUUUUUAACGAUGAUGGCACGCAAAAUGAAAGACACGGACAGCGAAGAGGAGAUCCGAGAAGCGUUUCGGGUGUUCGACAAGGACGGCAAUGGAUUCAUUUCGGCGGCUGAAUUGCGCCAUGUGAUGACAAAUCUGGGUGAAAAGUUAACAGACGAAGAGGUGGAUGAGAUGAUCCGAGAGGCUGACAUCGAUGGCGACGGGCAGGUCAAUUAUGAAGAAUUCGUCACCAUGAUGACAUCAAAGUGAGCUGCUGCAGGUAUUUGUUCGCCUUUGUAUUUGUUAAAGACUGUAGCCAAAUCGCAAUUCCAUCAUGCGGUGUCCUUGCUAUGGGAUAAUUUAUUGAAUGGAUAUAUAUUAUGAGAGGAAAUUACAAACUGAAGAAAAAAAACAA